UGUUCCUAUUAAUUCUUCCGUGUGUUCUCUAGGUACCUUUCUGAGAGGUAGCAAGUAAAGUGAGCAUGGAUGUUUGACUGGACUAGGUAAGCAUAGUCAGCCAUCUCUCUCUCUCUUCGGUGAUCCACACAUUCUAUAUAUCGGCCAUAUAUAUAUAGUACGGUUGUACUUCAAAAAAUAGUUGGAGUUCAUUCUGGAGUAGCAUCAUUCUGGGUAGUUCAUCAGCUCUACACAGAAGCUAGCUGGGUUCAGGAUCGAUUCGAAUCCAGUUGAAGAGCGAGCUCUAGGCACAGGGAGAGAUCGAUCGAUAAAGCAUGAGAGGGUUCGAGAGGAGAGGCGUCCGGCAGUACAACCGGUCGGAGGAGCCGCGGAUGCGGUGGACGGAGGAGCUUCACCGGCAGUUCAUCGAUGCCGUCGACUGCCUCGGCGGCCAGGACGAGGCGACACCAAAGCGAAUUCUUCAGCUGAUGGGUGCAAAGGGGGUCAACAUAUCUCAUAUCAAGAGCCAUCUCCAGAUGUACAGGUCAAGCUCUCGCAGCAGCACAACCAAUAGCUCACCGCACGCAUCAGUGAAUCGUCGCCAAGAUCACUGCGUCAAUGGGAACGACAUGACAACAACGGCUUCAGAUGGGGUCAACGCUCCCUCUUACACCGUGUUUCGCCGCCACCACUGCUCUACGUUGUCGGCGUGCCAAAUACCGUCCAUUGAGGAGGUUUUCAGGAGCUGGGAGCAGAGUAGAGGUCGGCUGUCAUGGAGCUCCUAUGGCAUGCUAAUUGCACCAAACAAGGCGGCGAGCUGGUCAUGUCACGCUGACAGCAAGACGCAUCAGAAGAAGCAACAGACGGUGACUGGGUGUGAACUGACGUUGUCGAUCGGCCGGUGGGAAGAGGAGGAGGAGGCGAGUAGCGAGGCUGACAUCUCAAGCACGACCACCGAGGUGUCCGCAGCACCGGCAAGGGGUCGAGGAUCCAGCGACCACCCCUGCCCUGACGCCGCCCUCGAUCUGGACCUUGACCUGAACCUCAAACUCGCCAUCUCAUCUUCUUGGCUCUGACGUGUAUCAAUUACCCCGUGUAAAUACAUAGAGCUGCAUUUUUGUAUAUAGCUACAUAGUAUGUAUAUAUCUAUCGAUGUACCA